AUGGGUUUCUACGACGAUCACUGCUUCUAUUUGCCACCGAUGCUCGGUUGGUUUGUGUUUUCUGCAAUGCUAAGCUCUUACAACAAGUUUGUCUUUGGUUCGGAGCAUCUGUCCUUUCCGUGUCCACUACUUUUGACGAGUAUUCAUUUCGGAGCGCAAUGGAUAUUUAGUGCAACGCUUUGUGCACUCAAACCAGCCUAUUUCGGUGGCGAACGCGUAGCCAGUAUGUCCUGGCCCGUAUGGCUUGCGCUUAGCGUUCCUUGUGGUCUCAUCACCUCGGGUGAUGUGGGAUUGUCUAAUCUGAGCUUGGUCUCGAUUUCCAUUACAUUUUAUACCAUGAUCAAAGCCUCAACUCCCGUCUUUGUGCUUGGAUGGGCUUAUUUGUUUGGCAUUGAAAAAAUCACAUGGAGCCUAUUGCUCGUAAUUUCAGUUAUCGCGGCUGGUGAGUUUCUAACCGUAGCGGGUGAAGUGGACUUUCAACUUGGAGGUUUUCUAAUGUGUCUCGCGGCUUCCGUACUGAGUGGAGCGCGCUGGACACUUGUUCAACUCAAGCUCCAAGCCCUCGAUCCGCCUUUGAAGACGACUAUUUCGACCAUGAGGCUCUUGGCACCGUCCAUGUGUCUUAGCAUGGUCGCAUUUUCCAUGGUAGUAGAAAAACCUUGGACCAAGUUUGACCAUAUGGAUACGGCGCAAUUUCUUCACGUUUUCGGGCUGGGAUUGUUUGGGGCCUUUUUUGCCAUUGCCAUGAUUCUAUGCGAGUUUUAUCUAAUCAUGAACGCGACUGCUAUUAUUCUCAUGAUUGGUGGGGUCAUCAAGGAAAUGAUUACAAUAAUAAUUGGUGUGUAUUUCUUUGACGACUCACUCAAUCUUAUCAACAUUACUGGUUGCUUUGUUGUAUUUUUGGGCGUCGUUCUAUACAAAAUCACUUUUCAUCUUAACAAACAAAAGGUCGACAAAACGACAGAAAAGCACCACCAAUACCAACAGGUCGGGCACGCCGAUCGCGGCAUGGACGACAACGACAAUGAAUUAUUCGGCGACGAAGAGUGGAAUGGUUCCGUAGAAGGCCAUAUUGAACUGCAAAAGCAAGAUGCACCAGAACGCCCUGUACUUUUGAACGUUGGUGACGAGACAAACAAGAAAACAAUACGGCCUCAAUGA